AGUUGGGAGUUGCUAGCAAGCUAAGUGGAGGAAGAAAGCUAACUAAUGGUGAGAGUGGAAGUGCUGGCUAAACGCUCAUGGAUACAACAACAACAAAAAGGCAGCAACUGUCAACACAGCAGCGGGAACAGACAUUAAACCCUCUCCGUGACUCCGUGAACAUGUUUCUCGGGUGUUAAUGAAGAAAACGCUUGCUUGUCAGAUGCCCGCGGAGCUAAUUUUUUUCUCUCUCUCUCCUGGAUACUACAUUACAUCCCCAAUUGUGGACAGAGUAGUUGGGAGCUAGCUGGCUAGCUUUUGUGGAAGUCAACCAACAACCAGGAGACUUUUCGCGUUGUCACCUGCGGAAAGAACGACAACAAAACAAGGCGAAUGUUUUGUCUGUCAUGAGUCCUGCCGGGUGCUCCCAUGUGAACGCUUAUAAGGUGGACAAUUGGAAGCAAAACCUCCGCGUCAUAUACCAAUGCUUUGUUUGGAGCGGUACCGCCGAGACCAGGAGACGCAAGGUUCUUCAGAGUGAUGCAGGAUGGACAGAGCUGGCCAAGUCCUGUAUCUGUCACAUGUGCGGUGCCCAUCUGAACAGACUCCACUCUUGUCUGUACUGCGUCUUUUUCGGCUGUUUUACCAAGAAACACAUUCACGAACACGCCAAAAACAAGAGACACAAUCUAGCUAUAGACUUAUUAUACGGCGGAAUAUAUUGUUUUGUGUGUCAAGACUACAUAUACGACAAAGAUAUGGAGCAGAUUGCCAAAGAGGAGCAGAGGAAAGCCUGGAAAUUGCAAGGCAUAGGUGAGAAAUACACAACAUGGGAGCCCACGAAGCGAGAGCUGGAAUUACUACGGCACAAUCCAAAGCGGAGGAAAAUCACUACGAACUGUACCAUAGGUUUACGAGGGUUAAUAAAUCUGGGCAACACGUGCUUCAUGAACUGUAUCGUCCAGGCCCUCACGCACACACCGCUCCUACGAGACUUCUUCCUCUCCGACAGGCACAAGUGCGAGAUGCAAUCCAACUCCUGUCUGGUGUGCGAGAUGUCGCAGCUCUUUCAGGAGUUCUACUCGGGCCACCGAUCGCCUCACAUUCCCUUCCGGCUGCUGCACCUGGUGUGGACGCACGCCCGCCACCUUGCAGGCUACGAGCAGCAGGACGCCCACGAGUUUCUCAUUGCGGCGCUGGAUGUUCUCCACAGGCACUGCAAGGGGGACAGUAUAAGAGACAACGACAACGGGAAGAAGGCCAAUAAUCCAAACCACUGUAACUGCAUCAUCGACCAAAUCUUCACCGGGGGGCUACAGUCGGACGUCACCUGUCAGGUUUGCCAUGGGGUGUCCACAACGAUAGACCCCUUCUGGGACAUCAGUUUGGACCUGCCCGGCUCAUCGACACCCUUCUGGCCCCUCAGUCCUGGAGGGGAUGGCGGCACUGUUAACGGAGAGAGCCACCCGUCGGGGUCCACGACGCUCACAGACUGCCUGCGCAGGUUUACGCGGCCUGAGCAUCUCGGUAGCAGUGCCAAAAUCAAGUGUGGCGGUUGCCAUAGUUACCAGGAGUCCACCAAACAGCUGACUAUGAAGAAGCUGCCUAUUGUAGCAUGUUUCCAUCUCAAACGGUUCGAGCACUCUGCCAAACUGCGGAGGAAGAUCACUACAUACGUUUCCUUUCCUCUGGAAUUGGACAUGACACCCUUCAUGGCAUCCAGCAAAGAGAGCAGAAUGAACGGGCAGUAUCAACAGACGGUUGACGUGUUAAAUAAUGAUAAUAAGUAUUCCUUGUUUGCGGUGGUCAACCACCAAGGCACGUUAGAGAGUGGUCACUACACCAGCUUCAUUCGCCAGCACAAGGACCAGUGGUUCAAAUGUGACGACGCCAUCAUCACCAAGGCCAGCAUUAAGGAUGUUCUUGAUAGUGAAGGGUAUCUCUUAUUCUACCAUAAACAGUUCCUGGAGUACGAGUAGCUCCUCCCCCCCACUACCUUGGUGACCACUGACCAUGAAGAAGAACCACUGGGGGGAGGGGGGGGAACAGUCGGACACACAAACAAACCUACCUGAACUACGUGACUGACUCGAAUAGCUGUCGGAGGACACGCAAAAAAGGACAUGAAUAAAAACAUACGGCAUCAUGCAACGUUUCAACAACAAAAAAUAAGCACUGAGCUACUUCUUGGCAUCUACUUGACAAAACUGAAUGAAGAGGAGGACGACGGAAGAAGGCCCCCCCCACGCCCCCGUCUCCUUUUCCCUGUUUCCUGCUGCAGGGGGCGGAGUUUAUGGGCACAUCUGGGUUCUUAGUACAGUAUUCUGACGCCCCGUCCCAAUUCCCAUUCCCAAUCACCCCCACCCCACGUCCUUCUCCAUGGUGCUCUCGUCUCAACCGACCAAGCAUUUAUCUUUGAAGGCCCUUAGUCGUCAUUAUGCAUUAUGGGAAAGCAAAAAAAGAAUAAAAUCAAUGUAUUAUGAACUUUGCAAGAGC